AUGCAAGACAUUCUACCCGCAUACAGCUCUUUCAACUUCUGCCAAGACUACGACAUUCAUGUUGCCUUCAUCACUGCCUGCUUUUGGAUCAGCUACAAUGUCGUCAUAAUGGGAGUUUCUUCGUACUACGGAAGCAGUGUUACGCAUAGAAGCUUGUCUGGUGAUUACUACUUUCUCUGGUUUCUUUUCGUCCUCAACUUCACAUCCGCAGCGCUUCUCAUGAACAUCUAUUCAAAAGAAGAUCCGAAUUUAAAAGUCCUUGAUGCUUGCAUCGGCCUAUCUUCAAUAGCCAUUGGUGUUUCAACUCUCAUUAUUCUCAAAACUGUUUGCAGAAUAUGCACAGUGAGGAUCGAAAUCCAAGAAAAUGAUUUGGAAAAAUCAAAACCAAUCAGUCCGGAAAAUCAAGUAAAAUCAAGCGAGGAGCGUCUUCAAACCUUCUACAUUGUCCAGAUUUUAUUGAUGCUGGUGAAUAAUAUUUACGCUGGCGUUAUCGUUGGAUUCAUUAUACAUUUUCUCAACGCCUGCUAG